AUGGCGAACCGGGGCAAAACUCACAAUGAAGAGGUCUACUGCAUCAAGGACCUCGCGCAACUGGGUUCAAGCAAGAUGAAAAAGGCUUAUCGCGAAUAUUACAACGAGGGAGCUAUGGACCUCAUCACACCGCUGAUCAUUCAUAACGGUUUGCGAGAGAACGAAUCAGCUUACGACCGAUACAUGAUCCGUCCUCGUGUACUCCGCGAUCUUUCCAAACUGGACACCAGUACUUCCAUCGUCGGAUGCAAGGUAAAGUUUCCCUUCGGAUUCUCUCCAACUGCCAUGCAGACACUGGCACACCCGGACGGAGAGGAGGGGACAUCCAAAGCCUGCGCCAAACUAAAUACUCUGAUGGGCCUAUCAAACUACUCUACAAAGGAACUUGAAAAAGUCAUCUCACACAGCACGGGAAACCCUUACGUGAUGCAGAUGAGUCUUCUCAAGAACAAGAAGGCUAUGAUUCAGAUGAUCAAGCGUGCGGAAGCCGCCGGAUUCAAGGCACUAUUCCUCACCCUUGAUGCCCCGUACUUGGGUCGACGACUAAAUGAGUACCGUAACAAGUUCGCCGUGCCCGAGGGCAUGGAAUACCCCAACCUGUUCCCGGGCGUUGAUGUCACCAAUCUUGAGGACGGCAAUGGCCUACGACUCCUCUAUCGAGUGGCCACAGAUCAUGCCCUUUUUCCGUCAACACACCAACAUGGAGAUCUGGGGCAAAGGGAGUAUGUAUACCAUCUCCUUCAAAACAUUGUUUACACCUCUGGAGACGGCGAACUCGCCAUCAAAUAUGGCUUUGACGGAAUUGUAAUCUCAAACCACGGCGGUCGCCAGCUUGACAGUGUCCCCUCCAGCCUUGACGUUCUCCGCGAGAUCGUCCCCGUCGCAAAGGGCAAGAUUCCCAUCGCUGUUGACGGUGGUAUCCGACGUGGUACCGAUAUUUUCAAGGCUCUGGCUCUUGGUGCUGACUUUUGUCUUGCUGGACGCCCGGCUAUUUGGGGUUUGGCUUACAACGGCCAAGAAGGUGUGGAGCUUGCUCUUAACCUGCUUUACGAUGAAUUCAAGACAUGCAUGGCAUUGGCAGGGUGCAAAAACGUGCCUGAAAUUCAGAAGGAGUUGGUUUCGCUACUGCAGCCGGAUGGUCGUUUGUUGAAAUUGUAA